AUGGUGGCCGCCAACUCCGCCAUGGACACCCGGCCGUCAGAAAAAAAGAGGAAGUUGUUUGAGGCUCCCGAUUCCGCAGUCAUAGGACCACCGUCGGACGAUGAAGUGGGCGAGGUGCGCCCCACGGUCGGCAUGGACGACUACGAGAAACAGAAGGCAGCCGAGGGCGAGGCGCAUUUCCACCGGCUUGGUUGGAAGCGCCUCACCAUCGUGCUGAUCGUGACCGCGGUCGCCCUCGGCAGCCUCAGCUUGCCGGGCGCCUUCGCGACGCUGGGGAUGGUGGCCGGCGUCAUCCUCACAGUCGGCAUCGGGCUCGUCGCCAUGUAUGCCAGCUACGUGGUCGGCCAGAUGAAGCUGAAAUACCCGCACAUCUCGCACUACGCCGACGCCGGCCGUAUGAUGUUUGGGAACGUCGGCUACGAAAUUGUCAGCGUCAUGUUUGUGCUGCAGCUGGUCUUCACCACCGGCUCCCACGUUCUGACAGGCGCCAUCAUGUUCGGCAACCUCUCGGAGAACGGUGCGUGCACCAUCGUCUUCACCGUCGUCUCGGCCAUCGUCCUGUUCCUCGUCGCCAUCCCGCCAUCCUUUUCCGAGAUGGCCGUCCUCGGCUACAUCGAUUUCGCGUCCAUCAUCGCUGCGAUCUUCAUCACUAUCGUCGCUACCGGCAUCCGCGCAGGCGAGCAGGUCGGCGGAGUCUCGUCCGUCGAGUGGUUGGUCUGGCCCAAGGAGAACUUGACGCUUGCAGAGACUUUCAUCGCCAUCACAAACAUUGUGUUUGCCUACAGCUUCGCGCUCUGCCAGUUCAGCUUCAUGGAUGAGAUGCACACCCCCAAAGACUACGACAAGGCCAUUGUGACGCUCGGUGUCUUCGAGAUAUUUCUGUACACACUCACCGGCGCCCUGGUCUACGCCUUUGUUGGGCCGGACGUCAAGUCGCCCGCGCUGCUGUCCGCCGGUCCCAUCGUCUCCAAAGUGGCGUUCGGCAUUGCCAUCCCCGUGAUAUUCAUCUCAGGCAGCAUCAACACGACAGUGGUGGCGCGCUACAUCCACGGGCGCAUGUUCAAGAAGUCCAUCAUCCGCUACAUCAACACACCCAUGGGUUGGGCCACGUGGAUUGGUCUAGACGCCGUCAUCACGCUGCUCUCGUGGGUCAUUGCGAGCGCCGUCCCCUUCUUCUCGGAUUUGCUGGCCAUCACCUCGGCCCUCUUCGUUUCAGGCUUCACCUUUUAUUUCCCCGCGAUUAUGUGGUUCAUGUUCAUCAAAGAGGGGAGCUGGUGGCAGGGGAGGAACCUGGUUUCGUCGGCUGCCAACGGGCUGUCGUUUGCUGUGGGCGUCAUUGUGCUGGGCGUGGGGACCUAUGCGAGUAUCUGGGAUAUUGUGAGUGCUCCUCAUCUGUCUCCUGCAAAACAAAACGCUGACCUCCACCUCCAGAUUCAUCGGUACCACUUGGGACUGGUUUCGGACCCGUUUAGCUGUUCGCCGCUCGCUUGAGGUUGCAUCGACAUGUUUCUUUUGGG